AAACUAUCAUGGUGGCGUCUGUAACUAAGUAAAUGUAAACAGCUAUAAGUCAGAAACAAUAUAAAGAUGAACCAAGUUAGAUAUAUUCAUCAUGACUUCAAAGGCUGGAAGAGAUCAUUAUGAAAAUUCUCCUAAGCAAAGUACCGGCACUUCUUUAGCAUCAACAUCACUUUCAACCAUUCCCAAUAGAAGCAAUGGCAUUGUAAGAGAAAAGACAAUCACACGUGCUGCAUCAGCAAAGUACUACGACAUUGCAAAUACUAUUUUAGGGGGGUCUGGUGAUGUGGAGGAAGCUUUUAUUACAGCUGCUAAGAAUGGUAACUUUAAUAAAGCGGAGCAGCUAAUAAAACAGAGAAACAUUGGCCUUGACAUUGACUGUAAGGAUAAAAGGACAGGGAACACUGCCCUUAUAUGGGCAGCCAGGAGAGGUCAUGUCAAGAUAAUUGAGCUACUGCUGAAGAAUGGGGCAGAUACCACACUCUGCAACCACGAGAGUCAGACAGCUGUGGAGGUGGCUGCACCAUCAGUGAGGACUGUGUUGUUGGACUGGGUUGAAACACACAAGGAACUCAAUGAGAAGUUGCUGCUACAGGCAGCGUGGCAGGGGAAUCUGUCAGUCAUCAGUGAGAUAUUGUCUAGUAACUCAAGAAAUCUGAAUAUCAACUGCCGCAAUGCUGAAGGGUUCACUCCCCUGAUGCUAGUAGCUAGAGAUAUGCAGCUGUUUGAGAGACUAAGUGUUCAGCUCAAUAGGUACUACAGCCCAGUGCAGGUGGCUGAGGAGCUGAUAAAAGCUAAGGCGGACAUUCACAUCACUGACCAUGAUGGCAGGUCAAGCUUGCAUUACGCCUCCCAGUCGCACGCCAAUUGUGCUGACCAAAUGGUCAACGUACUCAUAUCUAAAGGGAUGGAUUUUGAGUUGCGAGACAAAAAAUUGUUUACACCCAUCCACCUGGCCGCGCAGCAGGGCAACACAAACACAGUGGCCGCACUGGCUGACAGUGGGUCCAAUGUCAAUGUGAAGGGUUUUGCUGGGUGGACACCUCUUCAUGUAUCUUCAUAUAACAAUCAUCAGCAAACAGUGUCAGCAUUACUUGGUUACGGUGCUGACAUAGCCAUCACUGACGACCAGGGUCUCACACCCAUAGAGGUCGCCAGAACAAAGAAAAUGAAAAAUUUGUUAAAAGAAGCAUGGACAGAAAGCAACAGGACAAAUAACAAUGAAAUCACUAAUGGAAGCUCUGAGGAGGUGAAGAAAAAGGGAGGCAACCCAAUCAAGAAAAAGCCUGAAGUAAUAUUUGAUGGUCUGGUCAAUGCACAAAGCAAUCCACCAACAGCUAAACCAAGCAAAACCAAGGUGCUAAAUACUGUAGAGAGAUGUAAACAGGCAGAGAAGAAAAUACUACAAGAAGUUGAAGCUCUAAAGGCAGCCCAUCCUGUACUCAGCAGGGAAUCAACCAGGAUGCUGGGAACAUCCCGCAGUAAAAUUUUGCCCCAGAUUGGCCGCAGCUCAAGUCCAGAGGCCGCCAGUGGCCGCGUGAAGCAAGCGGCUGGUCAGGCCUCCAUCAGUCCCAGGAGUACGUUAGAGGAGGCCAGGAAACAGCUCAUGUCACGCGGGCGCUCUGUCUCUGAUAUCAAACUGGGUUUAGGACGACAGAGUUCCAUGUCAGGCACCAGUGGAGUGAGUGAGGACUUCUAUGGCAGCAGGUUGCUCAGCAGAUUUUCACCACCCACUGCAACAACUGGACACAGGCGAUCAGAUUCUGACCCCAGCACUCACAGUAUGAGAGAUUUGGCUGAGUCAUGUGACACCAUUCUACCCAAUAGCAAAGGUCAGAGACAAGUUUUAACUAGUAAAGCAGUAUCCAGCAGUAACAGAGUAUCUCCAACUUCUCAGUUUUUCAUCACACAGAAGAGUUCUGUUUUUGACAAGAAGUUCAGCCCAGAAGACGAUGUAUUCAGCAGCGUGGAAAUCCCCUUUGAAAUGCCUCAAUGCCGCUCCAUCUUCAAGGAUGAAUUUGUUCUGGAAGAGAGCCGACCAAAGGACAGCAUAUCUGGCAGUUCUAGCAGUCUUUCAUCCCCAUCCCCACGCGACUCCAGCACAUUCCAGCCACUACGCCCCCACAGACUUAACGGGUCUCUCACAACACUGGUGGAGCAGCAGGCUAGCACAGAUUUCACUCCUGUUGAUUUAAGAGCUAGUCUAGAAGGAGGCGUCAAACCUUUAAUAAAAAACCCUAAACAGAGGAUACGCCACCGAUCUGAAAAUUCUCUGUCAUCGUCAUUAGAUUCAGAAACUGAGAAUGAAUCUAGGAAUAACACGUUUCUAUCCAGAGCUUCUAGUUUUAAGCAACCAAAAACACCAGGCAACGAAACAUCAUCUUCGUUUGAGUUACAAUCUAAAAGCCAUAGUUUAGAAAAUGUACCAUCAAAGUUAGCAACACGAAGCACCCCUCCACCCAUCAUUACAAAAACAAGCCCAAAACCUCACAGCUUUUCCAAUGAAGACCUUACAUUACCUCACUUAAAAACUGAUCAGCCAAAUCCAAUCCACCUUUCAGAGACUAAAGCAUUAGCGCCAGAUAAGGCAUGUCAGACCAAACCAGAUAAACCUGCUGUCAAAAACCUGGACACUGUUGAACCUUUCAGCGGCAAGGCUAGAAUUCUCCCGUCAUUUUCUUUUGACAACUGGGACAUUUUAUCAAAACAGAACCAGGAUGCAACAGCUGAACAUAUCAACACAGGUAUCAGUGUCUCCAAAUCCAUGUCAUCCGUGUUAAUCCAUGGGUCAUCCGAACCCACAGAUCUUCAUUCAUCAUCAUCAGUAUAUGUUAAAAAAUCUGGAUCUCAGCAAGCAUUAGACCCAAGUUUGACUGAACGUAAAUCUGUGCGUGUGUCUAAAGAAGAAAAAAAUGCCAGCAAUGUACAUGUUCACAAAGACAAUCCUGAAAGACCAGUUUCUAACCAAAAUCAUAUCAGACGCCAGCCUGAAAAGAAAGUUGAAGAUAAAAGUAUGAACCCUCAGCAAAAAAUUUCCCAGCCCAAUACUUCAAAUACUAAAACUAAAAUUGAAAAUUGUGCCUCAAAUACAAAACAAACAUUAGUUAAAAAGGUAGUCUGUGUUGAAAAAACAAUAACACAUCUGAAUGUUAGUAACUCACCUAAACCAAAGAGUAGUUCUAGAUCUACAGAGGAUGUUGUCAAUGGUUCAGGUGAUGUAAAGUGCUCUAGCACUGCCAGUAGUAGACAGUCUGUAACAAGCGUGAAGAAAACUCCAACCAAAUCUCAAAAUUUUACACCCAGUAAGCCAACAGAGGCAUCUAACAAAAAUGCUACUGGGCAAGUCAGCGACACAGCUGGCCAGGUACAGCAUAAUCUUGUAGCCAAUGCAACAACUAAAGAAGUUUUACCCACUAAUCAAUUCUUAACUGCCAAUAGUCCCCACAAAGCCAAAUCUACUAUACCACACAGUAAAGAAUCUAUCACUACUCCAUUAAUUGUCAACCCUUACGAGGAGUUUGAUCAGCCCCAUAUCACCCUGAUUAAAAAUCCGCCUCAAGAUGCUGUUGUCAAGCUAAAGAAAUCCUCAGUGACAAAAACCAAAAAAGUCAGCUCGUCCAAGCGCCCUACAUCAGGCAGCUCCAGGCAGUCAUCAGCUGGUAAAAAGUCCAGGACCAAAGGCAAAGACCCCAAACCAGAGGCCGAAUCAAGACCAAGAAGUGGUAAACGAAAAUCCAAACAGGCAAAACAAAAAGCACAAGAAGAGCCAGAUUUAUCUGAAAUUGCUUCCAAACCAGACACUGUUCUAAUAUCUGGGAUAGGUUGGCAAUUGUCAACUUCCUGUUCUGAUGCAGCACAAAUUCAAAUCUCAAAGAAAAUAAACAUCGAGGCUAAUGAUACAGAUGACAUUGACAGUGGAGAUGAGGGUCAAAGGUCAAGCAAGUUAAACCACCUAGAAAGUAGCAGAUUUUUGGAAAUAGCUAAAGACAAAAUUGCAGAGUGUUCCCCUAGAUUUUUGGAGAUGAAACGACAAGAAUCCCUCCUUGAUGUCAAGCUUCCCUUUGCUGAGAACGAUGGGUUUCCUCCGAUGAAUCUAGACAUGACGCAAAAAACCUCAUCUUAUGAAGAGCUCGGUCACUCUGAUCAAGACUCAAGCAUCCGAACUAGGAAAGAACAAAAAAUUUAUCAGGAGAAUUUUAUCUGCGACCUAACGCCUAUACCUGAAGCCUCCUACCUGUCAAAAACUGCCGACGCCAUUUCUGCAUUUGAUAAAGGUUUUCACGGCAGUAAGUUAUCUCUUCUGCUUGACGCAGAGGACCCAAGUUUUAAAAAUGGUUUCCAGUCUUAUAAUUCCAUAAAACGCAUUCAUAGCCCUGUACCUCCGGCAGCUGUUCCUGAGCCAGCUAAUCCCAAAAACUUACACCAAUCACCAAAAAAGAAUCAGGACUCUAAAAUGAGUUCCCGCAGUGAGAAAAAAUUCUCUGAAGUUCAAAACCAGCACUUGAAAGACAAGCGUGUUUCUGAUGAAGAAGACAUAGAUGAGGUGAUUGAAGAAAUUCUCUCCUCCACAGCGCCGUCACUGUCAUCAGCGCUGAGGAACAUGAGCACAAACUUUUCCUCUGGAGCACACACGCUCACCUAUGGAGACAGGCGUCUGCUGGCGAGUCUAACCAGCUCACACUUUAAGUCCCCGUUUCAUGCCAACAUACCUUCACCCGAGGAGAAAGCUAAACUUGAUGAGCCUAUAGAAGAUUUAAGCACUGCACGUUCUCAAAAAUCUUCAUCCGCUUAUCCUCAGUUUUCAUCCGCUUCUCAUCAAUCCCCAUCUACAAACGAAACCACAUCUGCUCAUCAAUCUCCAUCCAGUCCUCAUGAAUCCAUAUCCAGUCCAGGUUCAAUGGUACUGCAAGAAGAAAGUUUAGCACCAGGUACAAAGAAACACCAAGAAGUUCCAGAAAGUUCCAUAAGGUCGAAGCCCCCGUCAACUCUGACAAAAGAGGAGAUGGCGCCAAGACAGGCCAAGCUUGGGAGGUCCUCGUCAACACGUGAAGCUCGCAGGAGGAACAGAGAGCUGGUGGUGAAUGAGGAAGAGGCCAAGCAUCUGGCCAAGGUGAUCAACAGCUUUAAACACAUGGAACUGCAGGCAACGGCAGAGAGGCCAGACGGCCAGCAGACGUCCAUGAGAAGCCCUCACCGCGCCAGUAAAUCCAGUCUAACAGUUGGUGACCUUAGCUUUGUGUCAAGGCCAAACUCCACAAACACUUCCUUCAGGUCAAAGGGCAGAUUUCGUGAACUCAAGGAGAAUGUGGGAAGCUCUGUUGGUAAACUGUCUGCAAAUUCCCAAGUCAGUGAAGAAAUAUCAGUCCAGGAGGUCAGGCCGAGUGAGGCCGUAGAGCUGGAGACUUUGCUGCAGGACAAGUUCUCCACCACAGGGACUCUCACACACCCUGCAGAGAAUUUCUACUCUGGUUCUGCUCGUCGUGGCAGUCUGGCAGGCAGUGAAUGCGCCAGUGAUGGCAUCAAAGGUGGAGAGGACACCAUACAGUGGAAGAAGGGAAAUAUUUUGGGCAAGGGAGCUUUUGGCACAGUGUGGUGUGGGCUGACCAAUGAGGGUCAGCUGAUCGCGGUCAAACAGAUUGAGCUGAACACUGUGGACAGGUCCAAGACACAGCACGAGUACGAGAAGGUCCAGGAGGAGGUCGAGCUGCUGAAGACAUUGGAGCACACCAACAUUGUGGGGUACCUCGGCACCAGUCUAGAGGACAACAUAGUCAGCAUUUUCAUGCAGUUUGUCCCAGGUGGUUCCCUGGCUAGCAUCCUGGCCAGGUUUGGCGCCCUUGAUGAGUCUGUGUUUAGACGCUACACCAAGCAGAUCCUAGAGGGCGUCAAGUACCUGCAUGACAACGAUGUAAUACACAGGGAUUUGAAAGGCGCCAAUGUGAUGCUGAUGCCCAAUGGUGUGAUCAAGCUGAUUGACUUUGGCUGUGCUAAAAGGAUGUGCAUCAACCUGAGUAUAUCUGAGGCGGAGGUUCUCAAAUCUAUGAAAGGGACCCCGUUCUGGAUGGCGCCUGAAGUUGUCAGCGAGACUGGGCAUGGGAAAAAGUCAGAUAUAUGGAGCAUAGGUUGUACUGUAUUUGAAAUGGCAACUCGCAAACCUCCAUGGUCCCACAUGAACCCCAUGGCUGCAAUAUUUGCUAUAGGAUCCCCUAAUAGACCAGUGCCAACAUUAGAUGAGAAGUUCUCACAGAAUGCCAGAGACUUUGUAUGCCAAUGCCUCACUAGAGAUCAAGAUGCCAGACCAAGCGCUGCUGAUCUGCUGGACCACCCAUUUAUCUCAAGAAAACCAACUCGAAGAUCAUAAGAAUAAUUCUAGAGAAUCACCAGCAAGUCAUCAGCUGUUGGA